GCGAUCGGGGUGUGAGAGAAGUAAACGGAGGCCGACGAGGAAAAGCGGCGACCGAGAGCAAGCAGGCAACAGAGAACCCAAUCUACAUCCAAAAGCCAAACCUAAGCAGAACGCGGGGAAGCAGAAGGAGAAUCUCGCGAACGCUCCUCUGCUUCCCCCCUCCCUCGAUCCCUGUCCUCUCCUCUACUCUACUCUUACCAUUCACCCUCGAGAUCUUUCCUUUUUUCUGUCCGAUUCCCGGGUUUCAAAUCUUUUCCUCGUCGACUGGAAUCCAUCCUUUCUUGGUUCUGUCCUCCUCUUCUUGGAUCGACGGAGAUGGAGGCGACCGGCCGAAAUGGCAACAAGAGGAUGCACCAGAGGUUGGGGCCGUCCCAGGCGACGGCGCCCGACCGCGCCAACAACAAGGUGUGCUACCACUGGCGGGCAGGGCGGUGCAACCGUCACCCCUGCCCCUUUCUCCACAGCGAGAUACCGACGCCGCAGCAGCAGUCCGCGUCCCCGGAUGGCGGCGUCGCGAAGCGGAACCUCGUCUGGAAGAACCCUAGCAACGCCGGCGCCGCCUCCGGCCCCCCUUCCAAGUGGGGGAAGGGGCGUGGCGGAGGCGCUGUCGGGCGACCCCCUGGCAAAGCCCCCGACAGGGUUUGCAAUUAUUUCCUGGCGGGGAAUUGUACGUACGGCGAGAAGUGCCGCUUCUUGCACUCGUGGUUCGUCGGCGACAGCUUCUCCCUUCUGACCUCACUUCAGGGGCACCAAAAGGCCGUGUCUGGUAUCGCACUUCCUUCUGGCUCGGACAAGUUAUAUUCUGGAAGCAAGGAUGAAUCUGUGAGGGUUUGGGAUUGCCAGUCUGGGCAGUGUGUUGGAGUCAUCAAUGUGGGAGGUGAAGUUGGAUGUAUGAUCAGUGAAGGGCCCUGGAUAUUUAUAGGAGUUCCAAAUGCUGUCAAGGCAUGGAACAUGCAAACUGCAACAGAUCUAAGUCUUGAUGGCCCAAUCGGACAAGUUUAUUCCCUGGUUGUUGGCAAUGAAUUGCUCUUUGCUGGCACUCAGGAUGGACGCAUAUUGGCAUGGAAAUUUAUUGCCGUAGGAAACUGCUUUGAACCAGCAGCAUCUCUUGUUGGGCAUCAACUUUCAGUAGUUUCAUUAGUGGUCGGAGCUGUGAGGCUUUACUCUGGUUCUAUGGAUCACAUGAUAAGAGUGUGGGACCUUGCAACCCUACAGUGUAUCCAGACACUUACUGACCAUACAUCAGUUGUCAUGUCAGUGCUUUGUUGGGAUCAAUUCUUACUAUCGUGUUCACUGGACAAAACCAUAAAAGUCUGGGUAGCUACAGAAAGUGGGAACCUAGAAGUAACGUAUACUCACAACGAAGAGCAUGGGAUCAUUAACACUUUUAAGCCUUUUCUUGUCUGUUGGAUGUGAGUACAUAUGAAAAUAGAAACAGAGGAUAUAUGAUUGGAUAUGUAUUGAAAAGUUAAAGUUGACCAUAAGAUUAGCCAUUUUGGAAGAUUAUUCAAAUAUGUAUCAUUGAACUCUUGCCAAAAGUUCUAGCAAUACUGGAGUUGUGUCACCUGAACAAUGUAUUCUGUGGUGUGGUGGUUGCACAAUUGCUGUCCCACUGAAACAGGAAAUAAGAGAAGAAAGUGAAUGUAAAUCAAAAGUGGUAGUGACGACUCUCCUCUUUAUCUCCAGCCUUUCUACUUUAAUCUGGAUUUGGUAAGGCAAGGCAAGGCUUGUGAGACGGAAGACAAGUUAAACAAUAUGGACUUACAUGAGGAUCUGAGGCAAGAAAUUCUCAGCUGGAAUUCUCGAGGGGUGAGGGCAUGAGAUGAGGUGGUGGCGAGGACUCUCCACACUUUUCCACACACCUCUCAGGAGGUUCUAAGGCAAGGUGAAGCUUGUGAGUUCGCAAGUGGCAAGCUCUCAGAAGGGAUGAUGAUGCUCUGUGAAAGCCUAAAGUUGAAGGGUUUAAAGCUUUUGGACCAAACAUAUCUACUCUGUUAUUCAAAGGGCUUUUGCCACCUUUUAGAGAUCUGGUUCGGGCUUAUAAUGUGAGUUGUUUCACCUGUGAUGUUAGUGUUGGAUUUUCAAAGAAUGCCGACUCAGUCUAUUUCAUCUGAUCAUGGGAAAAAGUGACGGGGACUUGAAUAUUUGCCUCCUGGAAUUAUGACAUUUGCUGUAAAUUUAAGUAUUUGAGGACAUUGGUAUAUUACAUGGAUACAAUGCCAUUGAAAUAGUCAUAAGAGACUUAAAAAGUUUCUCAAGUUAUGAUCUGCCCAGUUGAAGCUUGUUUUCUAAAUACGAGUUUCUAACUGUGAUAUAAAUUUAAUGCUUAAAGGCGAUGUUAGAUAUAGGAGGUGUAUGGUGAUAAGUCCUGAUUGAUCUUCGUUAUCAGUAGAUGAAAUAUUGUUGUCUAUGAUGUAUUUGGAGCCAUAGUUCCUUGGAAAGUUCUACUGUACAAUCUUUUAAAUCAAACUUGGUAUAUUGUCAGAGUAGCUUCUGACAAGAACAGGAUUGCCACUUGAAAUGGGAAGAGUAUGUGCAGUUGAUUUGCAUUUAAGAGAUGACAAAAUAAUAGCCAAAGACUUUCUUUCUUUGGGACCGAGGAUACAUGGAACAGGUUGGAAAGUUCUAGGAGAUUUGGGGUGAGUUAUAAAUUUAAUUUCUCACUUGAGUGUUUAUCUUCUUAUCCAAGCAUUCAACAUUAUGGUUCUUGUGUAGAGCACCUAUGCUGUCUAUUGGUUUUAUUGGACAGUGAAAGAAAGCAUUUCAAAGUCUAUAAAAUGUCUAAGAUUCUGCUAAUCUGAAGUUUGAUUAGUAAAUCUUCUAUAUCCAUAGUAGUAGUGUGUACAAACAUCCAAUGAACCAUUUAUGUACAUCUUAUGCUCCUGGUUAAAACAUGAUGUAUUAUUCAAGGCUUGUCGUUUUGAUAAUAUGUCAGACUAGUAAAUACCAGUCAGUACCGGUACACCAUGUGUCAGUAUAUCGGUAUGUUACAAUGUUUUGGAGAGGAAGAAAAAGAAGGAGAACAGGAAAGAGCGGUG